AAUCCACAAUUCGUAUCGAGAGGACUUCUUCUUCGUGCUCACCAGAACAUUUAACGGCCACCCGAGAUCAGAAAGCUCCGCCGGAGACGAUGACCGGCACUGCGGGGAAGCUUGUCGCUUCGGCCUCGGAGGUCGACCUGGAUCGACCUAACAUCGAAGAUUACCUUCCUUCUGGAUCCUCCAUUAACGAACCUCACGGCAAGCUCCGCCUGCGUGAUUUGCUCGACAUUUCUCCCACGCUCACUGAGGCUGCUGGUGCCAUUGUUGAUGACUCCUUCACACGAUGCUUCAAGUCGAAUCCGCCGGAACCUUGGAACUGGAACGUAUACUUGUUUCCAUUAUGGUGCUGCGGGGUCGUUGUUAGAUAUUUGAUUAUCUUUCCCUUGAGGUGCUUAGUGUUCGCUUUUGGGUGGAUGAUAUUCCUUUCGUCGUUUAUCCCUGUGCAUUAUCUGCUGAAAGGUCAGGAUAAGUUGAGGAAAAAGUUAGAGAGGUGCUUGGUGGAGAUGAUGUGCAGCUUCUUUGUUGCCUCAUGGACUGGAGUUGUUAAGUAUCAUGGGCCACGACCGAGCAUUCGGCCUGGCCAGAUAUAUGUUGCCAACCAUACUUCGAUGAUCGAUUUUAUUGUCGUAGAGCAGAUGACUGCAUUUGCCGUCAUAAUGCAGAAGCAUCCUGGUUGGGUUGGACUGCUGCAAAGCACCAUAUUAGAGAGCGAAGGAUGUAUCUGGUUCAAUCGUUCAGAGGCAAAGGAUCGUGAAAUUGUAGCAAGGAAGUUAAGGGAGCAUGUUCAAGGGGCUGAUAACAAUCCUCUUCUCAUAUUUCCUGAAGGGACGUGUGUAAAUAAUCAUUAUACUGUGAUGUUCAAGAAGGGAGCUUUUGAACUUGGCUGCACUGUCUGUCCAAUUGCAAUCAAGUACAACAAGAUUUUUGUUGAUGCCUUCUGGAACAGCCGGAAACAGUCGUUCACUAUGCACUUGCUCCGAUUCGUGACAUCGUGGGCUGUCGUGUGUGAUGUGUGGUAUUUGGAACCCCAAACCACAAGGCCUGGAGAGACACCAAUCGAAUUUGCAGAGAGGGUGAGAGACAUGAUAUCUGUUCGGGCAGGUCUCAAAAUGGUUCCAUGGGACAGAUACUUGAAGUAUUCCCGACCAAACCCCAAGCACAGAGAACGCAAGCAACAGAGCUUCGCGGAAUCGAUUCUGGCUAGACUGGAUGAGCAAUGAACGCAAGGAUCUCAUCCAUCAAGUUCUGGCUUUUGUGCUGUGAUCUAUGGACCGACAAGACAAGACCAUGAUACUUCCUGUGUCUUCUCUCUUAGUUUCAUAUAAUCUCUAGUGGCAGUUGAAUAUGGUGAUAAGAUCUAAAUCAAGAUCUAUACACACACACAUACACACAUACACACAUUGGUAUGUGGUGCAGAGAGGAUGAGUUGCAGUUCUAUGAGAUGUGUUAAAAGUAUCUAUUGUUUUUAAGCUCUUGAUAUCAUAAAUUCUGUAUAAAUUGAAUAAUAUAUAUAUAUAUAUUUUUUGAA